AUGGUGAAUGUCAUUGAUAAAACUCGCACUAUACAGGAGUUGCCUCGUUUGCAUGCCCUCACUUUAGCCGAUGAUGGUUCGCCCACCCAAGAUAAAACUUAUGUCCGUAUUCCACUCUUCAAAGGCAAAGUUAUUCUUCGCAUUAUUCUAAAGCCAGGUUCGUUGGCAGCUGGUGGAAGACCUGUCUUGUAUACCAAUUAUCCCAUUGAAGGUGAAUUUGAGAGACAUACAUUUCAUCCUGUCAAGUUCAUCAAGGAUCCCAAUCUACUUCAUGCCUAUUGUGACGUUAAGCUUGAUCUUCCUGGUGCUUACCAAUACAAGGUAGAGUACACUGCGGAUGAUAACGCCGGCAAAGUUACUUCGGAAGUGGGCUAUGUCGUUGCCGAGCCUCGUAUCGAAUUGCCUCGUGCCAACCCAUCCCAACAAGGCGAAUUGCUGCCUCUGGAUGGCUUGAUGAUCUUAUCCAUGGUGCCUAAAUGGAUGGGCCCUAUUACGCAAUGGAAGAAACUGAUUGACCAAGUGGAAUAUGCUGGCUACAACAUGAUUCAUUUUGUGCCUUUGCAAAAGCGCGGUGAUUCCAACUCGCCCUAUAGUAUCGCUGAUCAACUUGCUUUCGAUGACGAUGUGUUUGAUGAAAAGGACCGCAAAAAAUCCAAUAAGGAGAAGCUGGCUAUUGUUGAAAAAGCCAUCACCAAGUUGAAUACAGAACACGGCAUCCUUAGUCUCUCUGAUGUUGUUUGGAAUCACACCAGUAACAGCACCGAAUUUCUGUUGAAACAUCCUGAAGCUGGCUACAAUCUUCACAACUCGCCUUAUCUCGUUCCUGCAUACGAGCUGGAUACAGCAUUGAUUGAUCUUUCCGGAGAUAUGGACAAAGUUGGCUUACCACGUGAAGUCAAAUCCACUCAUGAUGCCGACAUCAUUGUCAAUUACAUCAAAGACCACACCUUCAAGGCCUUGAAGUUGUACGAAUACAAGGUGAUUGAUGUCGCUAAAUACGUUGAGGAAAUUCGCAAUGCGCUUAGAUCUCGUACUGCCGCUGCUGCUGAUGCAGAUCCAUCUGCUUUCAAGGAUGUGGUUCAUUUACCCGUCAAGGAACGCACAUAUCAUUUCGGAAAAAACGUCAUUCAAGAUGGACAUCUAGGCACUCGAUUCCACAAGUCUGUGCAUGUCUCCAAGGCAAUUGGAUUCUUGCUGGCUUUCAACAACAUUUCCAGCUUGGAUCAAGUCUCUGAGGAUCGUGUGGAUGCUUUGGCCGAUUCUUUCCAGGGCUUGUUGAAUGAUUACAACUUACCUCUGUACGAAGAAUACGAUAUGGAAUGCAAGGUCGCAUUAGACAACAUCAAGGGCAGACUUGUCUUUACUCGUUUAGCUGAAAAUGGGCCCAAAUUGGGUAGUAUCACAAAGAGCAACCCUGUCAUUGAGACCUAUUUCACUCGUCUUGAGGAUAAGAGCAAGAAGCAUCCUGCAGGUAGUAUGAUGUUGGCAAACAACGGUUGGAUUUGGAAUGCAGACCCUCUAGUUGAUUUCGCUGGUCCCGGUUCCACAGCCUACUUGCGUCGUGAGGUCAUUAUCUGGGGUGAUUGUGUCAAACUACGUUACGGAAAAGCGCCUGAAGACAACCCAUGGCUAUGGAAACACAUGCGCGAAUACACAGAGCAAGUCGCUAGCAUGUUCCACGGUAUCCGUAUCGACAACUGUCAUUCCACACCUAUCCACGUCGCCGAGUACUUUUUGGACGCUGCUCGCAAGAUUCGUCCUGAUCUCUAUGUGCUGGCUGAGUUGUUUACUGGGUCUCCCGAGAAGGACAAUGCUUUUGUAUCCCGCUUGGGUAUUCAUGCCUUGAUCCGUGAAGCCAUGCAAGCAUGGGACACGCAUGAGUUGUCUCGUUUGGCUCACCGUCAUGGUGGCAAGCCUGUAGGUAGUAUGGAUGAGGACAUGGUUUGGAAAUUGGUGCCUUACGAAGGAGAUGAACAUGAUCAAGUGCUUCGUAUUCCUAUUACCAAUGGCAGUAUGCCUCGCGCCCUCUUUAUGGACUGUACGCAUGACAACGAAACACCGUUCCAAAAGAGAACUGCAGAGGAUACGCUGCCUAAUGCUGCUGUUGUUGCAUUCUCUGACUGUGCUGUAGGUAGUGUCAAGGGCUAUGACGAAAUCUACCCUCGUCUCUUGGACAUUGUCAAUGAAAAACGCCAUUAUGAUCCCAACCCUCAACGCGAUACUGGCGUUAUUGCGGCCAAGCACAAGCUCUUGCGUCUGCACCAAAAAAUGUGUUUGGAAGGCUAUCAUGAAGUCCAUGUGCAUCAAGAGAACGAUUACUUGUUGGUCCAUCGCCAGCACCCUGGCUCUCAAUCUGGCUACUUGAUGAUCUCUCGCACUGCUUUCCCUGGCCAAGGAUCUGGCCAUUCUCCUAUCCAACUCCGUAAAUCAGAGGCAGAAUUCGAGUUUGCCUAUUCUCUCAAGAUUGACGGUCAUCAAGCCAAGGAAUCAGAAUACCUGGAGGGCCUUCCCUGCCAUUUGGAGGCUCUGGAUGCACCUCGAUUCGACCGCCAUGAAGAUGACAAGGGCCAAUUCUUGCAAGUCGUGCUUCCUGAUAGCUUCACACCUGGCUCUAUCUGCGUAAUCAAGACCUCGAUUGGCGAUAAAUCUGACAUUCUCAAGACUAUUACUACCAUGGACGAUCAUGUUGUCAAGGACCUAGACUUUUUGGCCACCAACGUGGUAUUGUACCGUUGUGAAAGCGAGGAAACGGACAGCACAGGCGGUGAUGGUGUCUACAAUGUCCCCAAUUAUGGCAAGUUGGUCUAUGCCGGUCUCCAGGGCUUCAUGUCUGUGCUCAACCCCAUCAUUGCCAACAACGAUCUGGGCCACCCUCUCUGCGACAACUUGCGUGCUGGUCACUGGGCUCUUGAUUACACUAUCCAUCGUCUCAAAGAGUAUCAGUCGCACUACCCUGCUCUAGAAGCCUUGAUUUCUUGGUUUGAAAAGCGUGCUACCUUGAUUAAAGAAGUACCUGAUUUCUUGGUCCCUAAAUACUUUGCCUUGAUCGUCAAGACAGCCUAUGACAAGGUCUAUGCACAUGCCUUGACAUUGAUGUCGCCUCUGGUGCAACACGGCGACACCUUUAUCAAGCAGUUAGCCAUGACCAGUGUACAGAUGCUGUGCCAAGUGCCCUCUGCUGGUCUCACACCUACUAAAUCCACACCCUCUUUGGCUGCUGGUCUACCUCAUUUCACUGUAGGCCAUAUGCGUGUCUGGGGACGUGAUGUCUGCAUCUCGCUUCGUGGUUUGCUCAUGGUCACUGGUCGUUUUGAAGAUGCCAAGAAGCACAUUAUCGCUUUUGCCGGAUCGCUUCGUCAUGGUUUGAUUCCUAAUCUCUUGGAUUCUGUUCGUCGCCCCCGUUACAACUCGCGUGAUUCUGCUUGGUUCUUUAUGCAGUCGAUCCAAGAUUACUAUAACUUGGCUCCUGACGGUAAAUCCAUCUUGGAAGCCGAGGUGCCCCGUCGUUUCCCCAAGGACGAUCGCUUUGUUGAAGUAGAAGAAGGCUACACGUACAGCAGUACCAUUGCUGAGAUCAUGCAGGAAGUGUUUGAACGUCAUGCCCGUGGUAUUCACUUUAGAGAACACAACGCUGGUAGACAAAUUGAUGAGCAAAUGACAGACAAGGGCUUCAACAUUGAUAUUGACGUGGACUGGAGCUCGGGUGUCUUGGUCGGUGGAAACAUCUGGAACUGUGGUACAUGGAUGGACAAGAUGGGCGAAAGUCCCAAGGCCAACAACAAGGGCUAUCCCGGCACACCUCGUGAUGGUGCUCCUGCUGAAAUCACCGGUCUCUUGAAGAGUUCGCUUCGUUGGGUCAACCAAUUGAUUGAGCGUGGUGAGUACAAAUGGAAGGGUGUCGAUCAUGUCAAGACAGACGACGGUGAAAAGACCAUCACAUUCAAGUACUGGAACGACCUCUUGCAAAAGAACUUUGAAAGAGUCUAUUAUGUGCCUCAAGAACCAUCUCAGGACAAGGACUAUGAUGUGAUUUCCAAAAUUGUCAACCGUCGUGGUAUCUACAAGGACGUCUACAAGGCCACUGAAGCCUACACCGAAUACCAGCUUCGCCCCAACUUGUUUGUCGCUAUGGCUGUUGCACCUGAACUCUUUGAUAAGGAGCAUGCCAAACAGUGCAUCCAACUCUGUCGUGAAGCCUUGUUGGGUCCUCUUGGUAUGCGUACACUGGAUCCUCUGGACCAACAAUACAAACCUUACUAUCAUAAUUCCGAAGACUCUGAGGAUUUCCAGACCUCCAAGGGCCGCAACUACCACCAAGGUCCUGAAUGGUUAUGGCCAUUGGGUUAUUAUCUUCGUGCUGCUCGUCAUUUCGAUGCACUUACAAACCAAGAGAUUGCUCGCAUCUUGCGUAAACAUCGUGAGUAUGUCAGCAAAGACCCCUGGUGUGGUCUUCCUGAGUUAACCAACAAGGAUGCUGAAUACUGUCAUGAUUCUUGUACCACACAGUCUUGGUCUGCUGCUACCUUAUUGGAUCUCUUUUAUGAUUUGAUUGAAGGUGGAGAGGAAUGUUAG